GAAGAAAAAGGACCGGAGACCAGCUUCUAAUGUAACUCCGAGAGCUACAUCUCAUCUCCUGCUCGCACCAAAAACUCCACUGCCCUUGUCCUCUUCUUUCCCGAGUUCCCAAGAUCGUGAUCAGCAGCUCUCCUCUCGCCCACAGCUUCUCUCCUCCUGCUCUUCUGCCAUCCCUUGUUGUCCUUUACCUUAUCGUUUUGCUCCUCCUGCCUUCCAAGCGAAGCAACUCCCUCCUCGCUGUCUGCCUCCGUUUAUAGCGUGUUUCUUCUUCUUCUUUGCUCUCCACCACCACCUGAUAGCUAGCCGGAGCCGGAGCGAGGAUGAGCGCCACAAAGUUCAUCAAGUGUGUGACUGUUGGGGAUGGAGCUGUGGGGAAGACUUGUAUGCUCAUCUGCUACACCAGCAACAAGUUCCCCACUGACUACAUCCCUACUGUGUUUGAUAACUUCAGCGCUAAUGUCUCUGUCGAUGGCAGCAUUGUCAACUUAGGAUUGUGGGACACUGCAGGACAAGAAGACUACAGCAGAUUGAGGCCACUGAGCUAUAGAGGGGCUGAUAUAUUUGUUUUAGCUUUCUCUCUAAUUAGCAGGGCAAGCUAUGAGAAUGUUCUCAAGAAGUGGAUGCCCGAGCUUCGCCGCUUCGCACCAAAUGUUCCUAUUGUUCUUGUUGGAACAAAACUAGAUCUUCGCGAAGACAAAGCAUAUCUUGCUGAUCAUCCAGGUGCAACUACCAUAACUCCAGCUCAGGGCGAAGAACUCAGGAAACAAGUUGGUGCUGCUGCAUAUAUCGAGUGCAGCUCUAAGACUCAACAGAACAUCAAGGCAGUCUUUGAUACUGCAAUCAAGGUAGUUCUUCAACCUCCACGAAGGAAGGAGGUCGCCAAGAAGAAAAGUAAAAGAAGCCCCGGUUGUCUAAUGGCGAACUUGGUGUGUGGAGGCACAUGCACUACCUAGAAUGGACAAGAAACUCAUCUUGGUCUUCAGUUCACCGAAAGUGCCGACUAAUAUUGUUCUUCGGGUCGAUAGAGAGGGAACUGCAGGUUCCCAUGCUUUUCUAAGAAAUCAGCUCAUCUCUAGUUUCCGUAACAAGUGAAUUAUCUGUACACUUAGUAUUGCAAUGUUAAUCUCUUAUUAGCCA